AGUUUCAAUACCAUGUCCGAACAGAAACAACAAACACCAUAUGAUGCAUGGCAUCAUGUCACAAACAUCCUCUACGCAUGCAUCUCAACUAAGAUCAGAUCCCCGCCAAAUAAGAGGAUGCACUGCCACAACACGUGGACUAUCUCAGCUAAAUCUGGCGGCAAUCCAAAUCGGUAUGUUUAUUGUUUUGGCACCACCACCACCAUGAUGAGUGGGAGGACAUAUCCAUCCUCCUCUGACUACACUCACUACCUUUGGUGCAUUGCCUUCCCAUGCUCUUCAUCCAUAACAGUGGUGUUGCCGCCUCAAGUCUUCCAUUCUAUUCGGUUCAAUGCAAAUGUGAAGGAGAAAUUUGGUUCCUCAGAUUCGGUGGAUUCAGUUCUUAAAUUAUGUUUGCCCCUAAUUUGAAUGCAUAACUGUAACUCAAUUGAAAGUCCAUGUGGGCAGUUUUUUUUUCUAAGUCAUAUGAGGUUGGAUGCCAAAUUGGAUUACUGUUAGUUUCUUUAUUUUCAUGAAGGAAUCUCUUCUGUCUUACAGGAAACAUUGUUUCUUGAAUGCAUAGUCUAACUCCAUCUAAAGUCUACUUGGGCAAGUUUUUCAAAGGCAGACGAGGUUGGAUGCCCAAUUGGGUUAUUUUUAGUUUCUUUAUUUUCAUUAAGGAAUCUUAUAUGCCUUCAUAAAGACAGGAGGAUUUGUUGUGCCCACUGUAUGUAUGGUAGAGAAUUCAACUCGAUUCAAUUGCUGGUUGCAGAAGAUAACUUCACAGUUUGUUUGAAGUUCUUUUAGAGGGAUUGUGGUCUGCUGGUGUUCUCUGAAGUUUUUCUGCAGCACGAUUCUCUCAUAUGCUUUAUAAAGACAGGGAGGAUUUGUUGUGCCCACUGUAUGUAUGGUAGAGAAUUCAACUCAAUUCAUUUGCUGGUUGCAGAAGAUAACAUCACAGUUUGUUUGAAGUUCUUUCAGAGGGAUUGUGGUCUGCUCGUGUUCUCUGAGGUUUUUCUGCAGCACGAUUAAAUAAACUGACCUUUAUGGAGGCCAGAGUUUGAUUUAGUUGUAUUUUCCAUUGGCAAGUUUAACAAAGGAAGUUACCUUUUCUGAUGGAAGCUUCACUCUCUGCAUGUGGAUUUAUGUGGUGAAAAGUAGCAAGGGAAACAUUAUCAUAAACCAGGUUCAACAGAAUGGUGAAGCUGCUUUGCCUUUUCUCACUUUGGAUAGUGACAGGAAAUUAUCGUUAUUUCCUGCUAUGUUGUGUAAAUUAGAUGUUGAUGGUGCUCUUGCUGCUGCUAUUGAAAAUUGCUCUGUCACUGCUGAAGUACCAUGCCCUUUAGAUAAGUGGGUUCAUGUUGGAUGUGAGGUUAGCACAAAUGUUAUUCGUCUUCACAUUGAUGGAGUAGUGGUUGGAGAAAAGAGAGUAGCAUAUGCAUCACAGAAUGGUGUCAUAGAGGAGAACUUGAAGCCUCUAAACUUAGUUGGUACUGAUAGUAACUGUAAUGGUGUACAAGGAUAUGCUCAUUAUGUUAGGAUCUUGAUCCAACCCGCUGUUACAAAUCAUUAUGUCAAGAAUCCACCGCUGGAAUUGGCACUUGAUGGCUCAUCUGGUGCUUCAGAUGAUUACAAUCUUGAGGAAAGUGGUGAUGGUAUAUGGAGUGUUGUUGGAGGCAAGGCAUCCUGUCGAAGGAAUUUUGCACUUGAUGUUGUCUUAUUAGAUGCACUUGGUCGUUCCAUUCACAAAGAUAUGGAGCUUGUUGCAUUACUUGUGUAUGCGGAUAAUGGAACCCUUGUUGAGAAACCAAAAGACAAUGCAGAAGCUCCGCUUCUUACCACCUUUGAUGGUGUUGAGUUUCCUUCGACUGAGCGUCCAAUCAGACUUAUUCAUGGGCGUGCAUCUUUUAAGCUCAAAAUAUCCCAGCUGUCCUCUAAAUGUGACAAUAGGCUGUUUCGAGUAUGUUUUGAUUCAUCUCACAGUAUGAACUAUCCAUUUCUUCGAGUAUUCUCACGACCAAUCCGUUGUGUCUCAAGAAAUCGUAACAGUCGAACACUAUCUGUAUCAUGGAAAAAGCCUAAUGCUUCUGCAUAUCAACUUGACACAGCAUGCUCCCCAAGAACUGAUGAGCCUUCAGAAUCACAACUGGUAAAUGGAGACAACCUUGUUCAUGGAUCAAUCACUCAAACUACAAAAAUUACACCAGUAUUGAAGCGUGUAAAGGUGGGACAUGAAAAACUGUCCAUAAGACUUGCAAAUAGUAAUAGUGAUUUAGAUCAAUAUUCUAAUGUAGAAGGUAAUGCUUGCAACUUAUCUGGUAAUGAUACAUCGAUUGCAUCACCUACAGAACUGCCCAAGGUUUUACAUGGGCACAGUCCCUUGGGAGCUGCAUAUGGACAUUGCAGAAAUGACUCUUCUGAUCAUGCAAUGCCUCUGCCAAUAAAUUCAAAUCAAACAGAUUCUUUGUUUAGUACAAAUUUGAAAAUCAAGUCAGAAAAUUUUCAAGGAACGAAUAGUAUUUGUGACAAUAUUUAUGCACAAAAGUCAGCUGCCAUGAGAUUUGGGGCAUCAGAGGGAGCAUUUUCAGACUAUGUAGUUUUUAAAUACUGUCUUGAAAAUAUAUUUAAUCGUUCUCUUUUCUUGAAAGGAACUGUUAUGUCCAGAAGUGACCAGGAUGUGGCAGAUUUUGCAGCAUGUGUUUCUCAGUAUACAGGAUGUCAUCAUAAUGGGUAUCAGAUUUUGAUUGCAAAGCAGUUGAUCCAAGAAGGAAUUGAUCUCUGGAAGAUGCUUACCAAAGACAUGUAUCCACUUCCAUGGGACACUGUUAUACAUCACAUGGAAAAGAGAUUUAUUAUGAUUACAAAUAGUAAAAGAAGAAAGUUCACUUCUCAGGACAAGGAGUUCUUGCGGAGAAUAGCUGGUUGUAGUGAGACUAUUGUCCGUGAAGAGUUUGACCAGUUGUGGCAGUGGUUAUUCCCUGUGGCAUUGUCUUUGUCCAACCCCCAGAUAAAGAGAGCCUGGGAAAGUAUGGAGCCUAGAUGGAUUGAGGGAAUGAUAUCACGUGAGGAAGCUGAAGCUUUACUUAGUACUUCAGAGGGAUCUGCAAAACCCGGAUCAUUUAUAAUUAGGUUUCCUAGCUCACGCAGCUGGCCACAUCCAGAUGCAGGUGCCUUGAUUGCUACUUAUGUUGGUACAGAUAAUGGGUUGCACCAUAGAAUUUUGUCACUUGAAGAAAGGCUUAGCAGUGGUGACAGAAUGGAUGCUUUGAAACCAGUAGAGGAACUUCUGUUGGCACAACCUGAGUUAUCUGAAGUCUGCCGAGUUCCCCGUUCUCCACAAGAGGCAUGAAGCGUAUGAGCUUGAAAUAUUAUUACCAGCCACAGAAGAAUGUUUUUUUAAAUCACAAGAAAUGGGUUUUUCUACCUGGUCUCUGAACAAUUGGUUGUGUAUAUACUGAGGUGAGUACUGCACUUUAAAGUGCAUGUAUUUCACAGCAUCCAUUUUGUUAAGGCUUCCGUUGGUGUAGGCUUCAGGUCAAAGAGCUUCAAUAUAAAUAUAUACAAAACUGGAAAGUCAGCUACAAUCAUCCAGGGCUUGCUUACCUCGUACCAGCGACUGAAGACAUUUUUUGGUGAAAAUAUGAUAAAAAAGGUUCUUAUAGUUCUCUCUAUACGAUUACAUGCAUAUUCAAAAAGGUUCUUGUAUAAAUUGUCUGCAUGUACUUCCAUCUUACAGGCUUUAAUCAUCUGAAAAACAAAUGGGAAGAAUGUACAGUAAUUACAUUCAUUGUAUCUACAGAUUCAUUGUGAUGUAAAUCAGGUUUUUUCAGUUUU